AUGCCGACGAUAGCUGUUGAUAAGGCCGCCUUGUUCAAGGCCCUGGCUACACCACCGAGCAGUUCGAUGAGUUGUGCUUCGAGUUCGACCACAGACUCCGACCGGCCGUUCGUGAACGGUGUCCAGGAACCCCCGCAGCUCAAAAUUGAAAUUCCCGCCAAUCGAUACGAUCUGCUAUGCUUCGAGGGUAUAUCCUUGAUGUUGAAUAUCUUCCGCGGCAAGGUCGAUUCACCAACCUACAGAGUGGUCACCCCACCAAGCGGACAGCUACAAACCCUUGUCGUUAAGCCAGAGACUGAGAGUGUACGACCAUAUGUGGCUGGUGCAGUUUUCCGCAAUAUUCGCUUUGACCAGGCUCGAUACAACUCCUUCAUUGCCCUGCAGGAUAAGCUCCACCAAAAUAUUGCCAGGCAGAGGACGUUGGUCUCUAUCGGGACACACGAUCUCGACACCAUUCAAGGCCCUUUCACAUACGAAGCCUUGCCCCCCAAGGAUAUAAAGUUCAUCCCUUUAAACCAGACCAAAUGCAUGGAUGGGGAAGAGUUAAUGGAUUUUUAUGAGAAAGACAAGAAUUUGGGCAAAUACUUGCAUAUCAUUCGUGAUUCACCCGUAUAUCCCGUUAUCUAUGAUUCCAAGAGGACUGUCUGCUCCCUACCGCCAAUUAUCAACGGUGAUCACUCGAAGAUAACACUGAACACUCGAAAUGUUUUCAUGGAGAUUACUGCCACGGAUAAAACGAAGCUUGAAGUCGUUAACAACAUUAUGGUUGCCAUGUUCUCGCAAUGUACAGACGAGCCAUUCACUCAUAAUAACAUAACCCUUACUAGAAUUGAGCCCAUCAAGAUCGUGUCUGAGCACAAUAAAGAAUCACGACAAGUCCCAAACCUUGAGCCGAGAACUACUCAGGCCAGCAUAUCUUACAUUAACCAAUGCACCGGCCUAUCUCUCACAGGGCCCCAAAUGUGUGAACUUCUCAAGAAGAUGACCCUUUCUGCUAAGGUUUCUGAGAAGUCCGAAGAUAUUCUUGAUGUCUCUAUUCCAGUCACCCGAGCAGAUGUGCUCCACCAAGCUGAUAUCAUGGAGGAUGUUGCUAUCGCAUAUGGUAUCAACGAACUUCCACGAUCUUUCCCAAGCAAAUCCGGCACAAUUGCUCAACCUCUUCCCAUUAAUAAGCUAGCUGACAUUAUUAGGGUAGAGGCUGCCAUGGCAGGAUGGACAGAAGUCUUGACUUUUGCUUUAUGUUCCCAUGAUGAGAACUUUGCAUGGGUUAACCGCAAAGACGACGGUAACACGGCUGUCAAGCUUGCGAACCCCAAAACUGUUGAAUUCCAAGUCGUCCGAACGAGUCUGUUGCCAGGUCUCUUGAAAACAAUCCGUGAAAACAAGAACCACAGUGUGCCUAUUAAGAUUUUUGAAGUGAGCGAUGUGGGUUUAAAGGAUCUCUCGCUUGAGCGAAAGAGUCGCAAUGAACGGCACUUCGCUGCUGCGUGGUACGGAAAAACAAGUGGUUUCGAGGUUGUUCACAGUCUGUUGGACAAGGUAAUGAUGAUGAUGAGGAGUGCCUUCAUCGUUGGUGAGGAAGGCCUAGACAACCCGGCUGUUAAGGGGUCUCAUUACUGGAUCGAAGAGCUCGAUGACCCUACUUACUUCCCCGGUCAUGCUGCUUCUAUACAUCUACGGAUAGGAGGGAAAGAGAGUGUCAUUGGAUCGUUCGGCAUAAUACACCCAACGGUCCUUGAAAAUUUCGAUUUGAAAUACCCCGUGAGCGCUCUCGAGAUGAAUAUUGAAUCACUACUUUAA